AUGGCAGUCGCCGACCGCAUCCUCUUCAGCGCGACAUCGCGAGACGCGCCGGCCGCCCCCGAUGGAGUCCAAACGUUGCCGGACCUCUUCGAAUGGCAGGCAAGGGCACGGCCCAGCGCUACUCUUUACUCUUUCCGUCGUGAAGAAGGCGCCGACGUGGCGCACAAGUCGUACCGUGAAGUCUACGAACAAGUCCUUGGUCUCGCAGACGCCCUGGCCCGUCUGUUCCUUCAUUCUCACGGUGCUGCGUCGACUUCUCAGCAGCGCGCACCUGUAGUCGGCAUUUGGUUUGAAAAGUCCAUCGAGCUGCAUCUGGCAAUGCACACUUCCACUUUCUGCGGAGCGACAUGGUUGCCUUUCGAUGCCGAUGCUCCUACCUCGCGAGUGACGGCGUGUCUGGACGACAGUCGAGCAGCAGUCCUGCUUUGCGACGCUGCACAUUUUGAAGCUGCGAAGCAAGCAGCCGCCAAUGCACCGCACACCAUGUCGGUGGUCCUCAUUGACGACUUGAUGGCUGAAGCGCGCAAGUCUUCCCCGAUCACUUCGGCGCGACCACGAUAUCCUCGGUCAACCGACGCGGCAUACAUGAUUUACACCUCGGGCUCUACCGGCAAACCGAAGGGGAUCGAGAUUUCCCACGGUGCAGCAUUGGUGUUCAGCCUUUCUGAGCGGCUGCUGCUCAAUACUGGUCCAGAAGACAUUGUCUGGCAAGGCUUCUCCUUCGCAUUCGAUAUGAGCAUCGAGGAAACGUGAGUUCUUGCUCGAAUCACUCGACCUUCUUUAUGGCGCGACAGCUGACCUCGUCUUUCUACGUCUGACAAGUUGGGUGAGCAUCGCUGGUGGAGCACACUUGGCUAUUGGUAGCCGCGCAGAGUGUCAAAACGUUCCUGGGCUCGGUGGCGCUCACGGCGUCUGGGCCAAACGUGGAGUCACCGUAGUAAAUGCCGUGCCCACCUUGAUCAACAUCAUGACGUCGCUAGAUGAUGAAUGCAGCCUUCCACCUUCUGUCCGACUCCUCAAUCUGGGGGGCGAAGCAUGCCCUCCAGCCCUUGUGAACCGACUCUGGCAUCCCAAUCUCCGCAUCUGGAACACCUACGGUCCCAGCGAAACUACGGUUACAGCCACGAUCCAAGAAUUGUUUCCGAACGAGGCCGUCACGAUCGGCAAGCCUUUGCCCUCCUACCACGCCGUUCUUCUUCCCAUCGCUGACGACUAUGACAGUAGCGAUGCAAUUCCCAAAGAGCCUCUAGCUCUCGUCGCAGGUGCUGAGGGAGAACUUGCCAUCGGCGGUCCUUGCGUAGGCAACGGUUAUGUAGGUCGGCCAGAGCUCACAGCGGAAAAGUUCAUACCCCACCCGCUCUGGCAAGGGACUACCGAGCGUAUGUAUCGGACCGGAGAUCGCGUCAAAUUGGACUUCAACCACAAUCUUCUCUUCCUAGGUCGUAUUGACACUCAGGUCAAGCAUCGGGGCUUCCGCAUCGAGCUUGGAGAGAUUGAAAAUGCACUGGCGCUUCAUCCGGACGUUCAGACGGCGGCCGUCAUUCUUUCUGGAGUGAGCGAUCGCUUGGAGGCGUAUCUCGUCAUGCGCCGACCGGACGCAGCCUCUGCUAGCGUCGACUCAAAAGCAUUCAAGGGCUCUCUCAGUGGCUUACCUGGGUACAUGCAGCCCGAAGCCUUCUUUGUGCUUGGUGCCGACGAGAUGCCUCGCCUGCCCAGCGGCAAGAUCAACGCCAAGGCUCUUCAAGAGGUUUCGAAGGCCAAGGCAGACGAAGAGAAGGCCCGACAAGCAGCUGCGCAGGAAGUCGCAACCGAGAAGGCAGGCAACGAGCUUGCUGCUGUCGACCCAGCUUCCGAGCUCGGCGUCCUUCUCAGAGCGCUCUCAGCGGUGUUCCCGCAAGCGGUCCCAAUCUUGCCGAAUAGCGACUUCUUCGAGGACCUCGGUGGUCACAGUCUUGCGGCUGCAAUGCUGGUGUCUAAGUUGCGAAAAGAAUGCCCCUCAGAGUCUCCUCUCCGUACCAUCGGAAUGCAAGACAUCUAUUUAUACCGCACAGCUCAGCAAAUUUCGGCUCGCUUUGCCGUGCAAAGUGAGGACAACGACAGCAGCUCCGACUAUGAUGGGGCAGACGAGAAGCACGAAGCUUCGAGCUUGGGUGGACCUUCCGGAGCGCAGACCGGCGAACAUUGGGAAGUCUCGACGCUACGUUACUGGCUGUGUGGCUUUUUCCAAGUACCGGCGCUGCUAUUCUUUUGGUUCAUUCAAUCCAUCGAGUACCUCGUACCCUAUCUCAUCUUCUUCGUCGCUCUUCACGCUAGGGGAAUUGGCGCCGCGAUCGUCUCAACUUAUGCUGUCUUCAUUGCUUUGCCUAUCUUCUUGUCCUUAGUCGGCGUAUUGGGCAAAUGGCUGGCCCUCGGGAAAGCGAAGCCGGGCGAGUAUCCUCUUUACGGGCUCUACUACUACCGAUGGUGGCUCGCCGAACGCUUUGUGGAGCUUGCAGACUUACACAACAUUGCCGACACCGUCUUGAUGCCAAGUAUUCUGCGCGGUCUGGGCGCUCGCGUAGGCUCCCACUGCCACUUGGGAUUCAUCACUACCGGAGCGGCUCUUGACCUCAUCGAGAUCGGCGAUGACGUAGUAAUCGGUCAAGACGUCGUCCUGUCGACGAGCAUUGUGGAGCGCGGUCGACUAAUCCUGAAGCCACUCCGAAUAGGCAACGACGCGCGCGUCGGAUCCAACAGCGUCAUCGAGGGUGGCGCAAGCAUCGAGGACGGCGCCGAGGUCGCCGCACUGACGAUGGUUCCGGAUGGUAUGAGCAUCCCGACUGCUCAGCGCUGGCAUGGAUCUCCGGCGCAGUUCUUUGCUGAGAGUGAAGAUGUCGGCAACAUGAGACAGACUCGACCAAGUGAUCUGCGACGCUCACUGAUGGGAUUGGCAAUGUCUUUCACGGUAGUGUUUGUCUUCCCAAUUCUCUACUUCGCCCCUCAAAUACCCAGUUUGCUGAUGUUUGAGGUACUUAACAUACGCCACCUCAACGACUGGCAGCAGACCGGAAUUGUCGCCGUGCCUGCCGCCCUCGCCUACCUCUGCCUCGUCUUCCUCGAGCUCGUCGUCUUCAGGUGGAUCGUCCUAGGCCCUCUGCGUGAAGGCACGCACCGAACAACGUCGGUCUUCUACUUCCGCAAGUGGGCGACAGACCGGAUCAUGGACAUGUCUCUCAGCGUCUUGCACCCCGUCUAUGCUACUCUGUACGUCGUGCCAUUCCUGCGAGCCCUUGGCGUCAAGAUCGGAAGAAUGGCCGAGGUGUCCACUGCUCGAGGCAUCAAUUUCGAGCUCACCGAGAUCGGCGACGAAUCUUUCAUCGCGGACGGAGUGCUCAUGGGCGACACCGACGUGCGAAACAACAUGUUGAAGCUCAAGAAGACGACGCUCGCUCCUCGCGCAUUUGCUGGCAAUGCGUCUCUACUGCCGCAAGGCACUCACCUGGCAUCGAACACCCUCGUCGGCGUUUUGUCGAUCGCUCCGCCAGCCGAGAAACCGCUUCAAGAAGGACAAAGCUGCUUUGGAAGCCCACCAGUGAUGAUGCCAGCUCGAGCUCAAGGCGCAACGUGCUACGCAGACCACCUGCUCUACAGUCCCAAGGCAUGGCAAGUCGCGCUUCGCAUCUUCAUCGAGGGGUUGCGCAUCGUGCUUCCACGAGCCCUCAUUGUUUUCGGGCUUGGGUACGGCCUGGAGAUUUUCGAGACUGCCUACCCGUACAUUGGCGUUGUGCAGACUUGCUUGAUGCUGCCCCUCUUCUUCUUCUUCCUCUUUGCUCUGCCGGGCUUCGUCUUUACCGUGCUGGCCAAGUGGACUCUCGUGGGAGUGUACAAGCCGGCAGAAUGGCCACUCUGGUCCAAGAACGUCUGGCUGUCGGAAUUUGUCACCUCGACGUACGAGACACUUGCAAUGCCCUUGCUUACGGCCAAGCUCGUCGGCACUCCCUUCUUGCCUUGGUGCUUCAGAUUGUUAGGUGUCCAGAUCGGCAAGAAGGUGACCAUGCUGAGCAUGGACAUCACCGAGUACGACUUGGUCAGCCUUGGAGACGAGGCAGUGAUCAACCGACAUGCUGGCCCGCAGACGCAUCUGUUCCAAGAUCGCCGAAUGGGCAUGGAUCGAGUCGACUUGGAGAGCAGAGCUACAAUGAUGCCGUACAGCAUCCUGCUUCCGAACAGUCGAAUUGCCGAGGGAGGUCAAUUGGGAAGCCUUUCGCUCGUGAUGAAAGGCGAGUCGGUCCCUGCUGGCGAAGCCUGGGAAGGUGCUCCCAUCGCUCCGCGUCGCAGAAGAAGACGCGCACCGUUUGCUGCCAUUACCGAUCUACCAAAGACUUCCGGUAGCGCUGGAGACCUGGCAAAAGGCUCCCCGGAUGUGAGCCUGGGCUCAAGCAUGUCUUCUGCGGCUCCCUCUUUGCGCGCACCUAGGGCCGCUUACGCCCGUCCCCGAGGGGACGGCAGCAGAGAUUCGAGCAACGACACUACCACAACGAUGGAGGUCUGA